AUGAUGCGAGACGGUCUCCUCGCCGAACUUAAAAAAAUCGAACAACCCACCAAUGCCAUCAACGAUGCCGAGAACAUGGAGAAACUUCAAGCCUUUCAUGUCCGUUCAUCUACUCUACAGAAUAAGGUCAACAACGCUGAAGAAGCUGUCAGAAAAGCCGAAAAAACUGGCAAGGAAGCUCGGAAACUUGCCGGCGACUAUGCGAAAUUAUUUCAGGAAGCUGUGCAACAACGCCAAUAUUAUUCUGUAUUAGCUCGAGUAUUCGAGCCGUCAGCCAUUGAAGCCUCAAGCUCGCUGGAUUUUUACAAUAGAGAGAUUCAACGAGUUGAGAUAGCCCUCUUAAACGCUCAAGCCAGUCAUAAUGAUCGAGUCGCGGAAGCUCGUCUUGCAGAUGAAGAGCUCAAGGUCGCUGAAGAUGGUAAAACCACCUAA